CCAAAACGUAAUUUUCCAUCGAUAUUUUGAGGACUUAUAUGCAAAAUAAAUUAGGUACUAAAUAUGCAUAUCUAUUAAGUUUAGGUACCAAACUGUAAUUUGUAUUUGGGCAUGGGUACAAACCCAAAUCCAUUUGAUAUAAACCCAACUCAACCCAAAGAAAAUGGGUAUGGGGUACAAAGCCAUCAAACUCUACCCAUAUCCAUCUAUUUAGAUUUCAUACCCAACCCAAUUAGGUUGGAUAGUAAGAAACUCAUAGGUAUGGGCAAAGUUGCCAUCCCUAACUGGAAGCAUUGGUAACUUUCAGCAUUGAUAAUUUUGAUCUGAAUUGUUUUUCCUAUCAGUUUGACUUGUUUUGAGACGGAUAUGUAGGCGAGACUGAACGGUAUGGGUAUUCUUCUCGACCUGACUUUCUUUUAAAAAAAGGAUUUCAUUAAGAAUGCAUCGGCCAGGCUCAAUCGAAAAUAUACAAGCAUUGAUCGAUAUGGGUUGGGAAAUCAGAAACAACAAGGCUCAAACAAAACCCGGAACCAAUAGGGAUCUAAGCCAAUGACCCAAAACCAAUCCUUAACCCCGAACCCUAGCCACCUCUGGCCCCCUCUGAAAACCACGUCAUCGUGGCUGAAAACCACCAUCGUCGCUCGACCAUAACAAGUAGUGUCGUCAAUCAACAGACACCACCACCAAACAUCAAGCAAAGGAGCAGGUUCCCACCCAACCCAAAAGAUAUGAUGUGGAAGGCAGACCCUCCAAACCAACCCGAGCCGAAUCAACCAUUCGCAUCUCACUGCACGAAACUCAGGAAAUAACACAAACCAAUUGGUCGGCCGACGAGGAAAUAGAGGAGUGACGAUCUUCUGUCUUCAAGCUACCAAACUGAGUCCAAUGCCAAGGACUGUAUCUCCAAACCAUCCGGAUUUGCAAGGCGAGAACAAGGAGGUAGACCAAGGCAACACGAGGAGCAGAUAAGUCGGGUAUGUACUGGAAAGCAACGCACAAAGAGAAAAGGACAACCUCAACAAAGGAAAAACAAAGUAAAUAUGUGGUUGGAAACAACAUAUUAGAAGAGGAGAGAGCCGAUCAGGAAAGGAGAAGAACGGGAGGCGGAGUGGCACCGACAUCAGCCCCCUCAGAUGCAUGAAAGGAAGGGUUUUCUAGAGAGAGGUCUCAUUGACUUGACUUGAUUUCCCCCUUUCUCCACCUGUUUUAUGCCUAAAUUACAUGUAAUUUUACUCAAAUUACUUAGGGGUCGUUUGGAUCAGGGUUUUGUUUGAGGGAUUUGGGCACAAUCCCUCAUAGUGAGAGAUUUUAAUUAAAAUCACUCGUUUGGGAAACAAUUUUUUAAUCAGAGAUUUUAAACAUUCUGGAUUUAAGAAACUCACAUAUGUGGGAUUGUAAAAUAGCUUAUCACCAUCAGCUAUUUUGAAAUUCCUCAAUAUUUUGCCAAGUUGUUCCAUAUAUGUCCAUGCUUAUUUUCUGAAAAUCCAACUUUGCCAUUCUUCUAUUAACCCUUACAAUUAUUGUCUGUCUCUAUCUCCAUUCGCAGAACCCUUCGUUCUGCUUCACUCCAACCCAAACGAAGGAGCGGAAAGACGAACCAGCUGUUGCCGAGAAGUGCUCACCGGCGGUGACUCAGCUCCGGAGAGCAUUCAAUGGUGAGUUCGCGAAAUCCUUCUUCUCCGUUCAUCCUCUUUGGCUUGUUUUGGUGGUGAUUCGCCUUUGUCUCAAUCAGAAUCUUUUGGGUUCUGGGUUUUAUGGCUUUCUUUGUUGGUGUUUGGCAAAGGAGAGCAUAAAUAGGUUUGUGUAUUGAGAGUUUUAAAGCUUUCAUGACUUACUUUGUCCAGUCAAACAAAUUAGGAUUGUGAGUUGAUUACUUGGCAGAAUUGGCGCAACCUUCAUGGCCUUGUAAUCUUGGUUUUGAGAGGUUCAAUCGUAGUGAAUACAGUUACCAACCUAAGUUUUCUAACCACAAUAAUACUACAGUUCACAUAUAUUAUGUUCUUCAAACUGCAAAUUGUGUCCUUGAAAGUGUUGUAUGGAACUGAUGUUAGAACUUCUUCUCAUUCAAGUUGUCUGUGUGUCGGCAAGCAAGCGAGGCAAUCUACUUCAGAGUUUGGAGAAACUUGGGGGGCUCACCAGAGUUGAGAUCAUUACUGCAAUGAGGCUACUCUCCAACAAUGAUCGAGACUUGAUGACGUAUUAGACAAGAAGAUGAUUGUUCAUUGUAAUCCCAGCUCGUACAUGGAGCUUUUUGGGGGGAUUGCUUAAUCUUCUUUUCUAUGAAUGGAGACUGCAUUUGUUUAAUCAAGUAUUUGAACAGGUUGCAUUGGUAACUCUUUUGAGCUGUUUUGUUUAAGGGUAACUCUACUUUCAAAUGCUCAAUAAACUUCCACUACACAGCUCAAAGAAACCAAAAGGUGGACAAAAGCAAAAAAGACAGCCCGCAGAGGAAGAAGGAUAGAACGUGCAGGAUGCUUGAGCAGCGGCGGAUACAGGGGGGGCCCGACUAGGCCCGGGCCCAGCCCUCCCUGCCUCCCCAAGACCCAGCCCAGCGGCAUUUUAAUAUGUAGUUAUUUGGGCCCAGCCCGUCUCAGGACCCAGACACCCAGCCCCUAUUCCUCAUCAGCUUCCACUGCAGCCCAAACAAUCCAAAAACAAUCUCCCGCUGUCCCGCAUCAUUAGUCACUAGCUUCCCCUGCAAGUCUGGAACCCAAAAAAAAAAAAGACGAACAGAACAGACCUGCUCUGCUCCGCUAUCAGCCUGAUCGACAAUCGCUGCUCAUCCCCGCGGACCCCGCCUCCCCGUCCCGAGAUCGUCUUGUCACCGCCUCACCGGAGACCCUGUCACCCGGCCGGCGCCGGAGAUCCCUUGUCGGCUGAGGCUGGCCUCAGUGGCCUGUGGCAGUGUGCCUGACCUCUUUCUUUCUAGUUUCUCCGCACUCCGCAGUCCGCAGACCUCAGCGCCAGCGCCCGCCGCCCAGCUUUGUUUCUAGUCUCUCCGUUUGUGAUUCACUGAUUCUCUUAAGUCUUAUCUCAUCCGGGAAGUCAGAAGUGUGAAUUGUGAAUUUGUGAUUAUUGCAAAGAAAGUGCUCAGAGACUAGAGAGGUAAUUGCAAUUUGCCAAUUGAUUAUUGAUCUUAUUGUCUUAGUUUAGUUAGUAUUAUUUACUUAGAAACUAAGUUAGUCUUAUUCCCUUCACAGUAGUUUGUAUCCAAAUUUACUUAGAAUCUAGUGUUUGACUAAGUUGUGUACAUGUAUAAUUGGUUAUGCAGAUUUCAAGAUAUUUCAUCAUGACAUCUUCUCAACCACCAAAUAAAAAGGUGAAAACAACAUUGUUUUCUUACUAUCAACGUAAGGAAUCUGAAUCAUGUCAGACCGAAGAAGUCCCUCCUAAUGAAGGUCAACCAUCUUCCUCUCCAGUUCAGAAUGAAGCAUCUACCUCUCCUGUAUCCGGUAAUCUACUUCCAUCAUCUGAUAGUGGAGUUGAAAUUGAAAGAGAUCCAGGAAAGAGGAAACAAAUAUGUGAUUGGGCUCUUGAGUUGAGAGAUGAGGUUAGGAGAAAAUACCUAAUACCCAAGGCUUAUCAACCUAAACUCGCAUACUAUAAGCCGCGAGAAUACCCAGAUAAAAUUCGUCACUUUCAAGAAGCAUGGUAUUCACAAUUUGAUUGGUUGGAGUAUUCUCCUACAACACAUAAAGCAUAUUGUUUCCCAUGUUUUUUGUUUAGAGACAAGAUGAAUGGGAAUCAAACUUCUGCACUAGUGCAAGAUGGAUUUGAUAAUUGGAAGAGGGUUACUGGUAAGAAAUGUGUGUUCCUUGUUCAUGUUGGUUCAUCAGCAUCUUCAAGCCAUAAUAAAUGUGUUACAGCGGCUGAUGCCUUGAUGAAACCCUCCGGUCAUAUUGAUAAAGUGAUGCACAGAAUUGGUGGAGAAGAAGUUCUAAAGCAUCGAUUGCGGUUGAAAACAACAAUUAUGGUUGUCAAACAGUUGGCUUUACAAGGAAGUUCUUUUAGAGGACAUGAUGAAUCUGAUGAUUCUUUGAAUCCGGGGAAUGUUCUAGCUUGGAUUGGUUUUGCAGCGAAGUUGAAUGAUCAAAUCAAUAGUGUAGUUCUUUGUAACGCACCAGGAAAUGCGAAAUACACUUCACCAAGCAUUCAGAAGGAGAUAUUGGGAAUCAUAGCAAAUAGAGUGUGUUGUAAGAUACGCGAGGAUAUUGGAGAUUCUUGUUUCUCUAUUCUUGUUGAUGAAGCAGUUGAUGAAGCAGGAAGGGAACAAAUGUCUAUUAUUUUGAGGUAUGUCAGUUCUUCUGGUAUAGUAAUUGAACGCUUUUUUGCUCUCAAGAGUGUAGCUGAUACUUCUGCAGAAACACUAAAACAAGCUAUUUGUGGCGUUCUCUCUCAGUAUGACCUUCAAAUUGAAAAAUUGAGAGGUCAAGGAUAUGAUGGUACUAGUAAUAUGUCAGGACAGUUUAAUGGAGUCAAGGCAUUAUUUCUUAGAGAUGGCCCAUAUGCCUAUUUUGUCCACUGUUUUGCUCACAGAUUACAGUUGGCAUUGAUUACUUCUGCAAAGGUAUGUGAUCCUAUAUGGGAUUUCUUUUCCAUAUUGGAUUGUAUCAUAAAUGUUCUGAAGGCUUCUCCUAAACGGAUCAGGGAGUUGCAAGCAAUUCACAAAAAAGAUCUUGAUGGUAUGUUGGAUGCUGGAGAAAUUCAAUCUGGACAAGGAGCUAAUCAAAUGACAUCCUUAAAGCGUUCAGGGCCAACUCGUUGGGGAUCUCAUUAUCAUUCCAUAUUGAGCAUUAUAAACAUGUUCAAUGCAACAUGUGUAGUUCUAGAGGAUCUUUGCCGUUCUAAAGAAGGAGAACAACGAGCUCAAGCCAGAGGUGCUUCAAAAAAUAUCAAGACUUUUGAGUUUGUGUUCAAUCUUCACUUGAUGAAAGGGAUUAUGGAUAUCACGGAUUUUCUUUGUCAAGCAUUUCAACAAGAAUCUGUUGACAUUGUAGCUGCAGUUGGAUUUGUUUCCAUGGCAAAAGUUAAACUUCAAAAGCUACGGGAUGAAGGAUGGGACAAGCUACUCCAAGAGGUAAAAUCUUUUUGCUCAAAACAUGCCAUAGAGGUGCCUAAUAUGAAUGCUACACUUGGACGUGUUGAGAAGCAAACAACUCUUGAGCACCGUUACCAUUUUGAAUACUUUAAUCAAUGCAUAGAUUUUCAGUUGGGAACAUUGAAUUCAAGAUUCAAUGAGUCCUCAGUCAGAUUGCUUCAGUUGAGUGGUGCACUAGACCCUAAAAGUUCUUUCCGGUCUUUUGAUGAAGAAAAUAUUUACAGACUUGCUGAAGAGUUUUAUCCUCGAGACUUUGAAGGCAAUGAGAUGUAUUGUUUGAAGAAUGAGCUAGGAUAUUAUGCCGAUCAUGUGGUUCAUUGUCAGGAAUAUGAUGUUUCUUCCCUUGCAAAAUUACUAGAGAAGCUGGUGGAAACAGGGAUGGACGCACGGUACAGAUUGAUUUGUCGGUUGAUUCGUCUAGUGUUAACAUUGCCUGUUUCAACGGCUACUACAAAGAGAUCCUUUUCAGCAAUGAAACAUGUGAAGACUGAUUUGCGCAACAAGAUGGGCGAUGAAUUUCUUGCUGAUUGCUUAACUAUUUUCUUUGAGAGAGAGUAUGUUAUUGGUAUGGAUGAAGACUCAAUUAUUGACGAAUUUGCUAAAUUAAAAGACCGUCGUGUACAAUUGACAUUGUAAUGCAAACUAUAAAUUUUUUUUGUUUACGGUAUCUAAUUUUAUGUUCGAAUCCGGCCCAUUGCACUUUUAUAUCCUGGAUCCGCCGCUGUGCUAGAGUUGUUGCCUAAGUAUUAGACUAAAUCAGGGUAAUUAUGUGAUUUUACAUUUUCAUUUAAGAAUGUCAUAUUUGUAGCCAAACGAGUGAUUUGAUGCAAAUCCCACACAAACCUCUCGAAUUAAAAAUCUGGGUUUUAAAACGAGUGAUUUAAUCCCAAAUUCCUCUCAAAUCACUCAAAUUAAAAACCUGCAUCCAAACGACCCCUUAGGAUUUUGCAUUUAACUCAUAUUUUAGUUAUAUUGGAGUUGUAAAUAGGUGAAAACCUCAAUUUCUCUAAUAAUUUAAUUAUAUUUACCAUAUUGUAGCUUGUUUCUUUAGAUUUUAAUGAAAAAUGAAUAUUUUU